UGCCUAGCAACGUGGCUGUCGUUUAACAGUUCAGCUGCGUCAGUCAGGUGGCGCAGACUAUGAUCCACUUCCAAACCCUGACCCGUUUCAGAUGAUCCGGUUUGAAGCCAGUCUGACAGAGUGAAGAACAUGCACGAAAACCACGAAGGUGAAAGUCCCAGCCGGAGGCACUCAAAAUCCUCCCUCUCUGUAGACAAGUUCCUGGCAAGCUGCAGCUUGUCUGCAGACAAGCACACAAGCUUCUUAAGACCUUCUACUGCAAGCAGCAGCAAAAGCAGGUCUUCUUCCAGGGACGGUGGGAAGUGUCACAGUGAGAACAAAUCCAAACUUGUGGAUGCUGCGCUCAGUGACAUCCAGCAGAUCAGAGAAACCCAAAAGAACCUUGAGAAAUCCCUGCAAACCUUGAAAACUGAGUACCAGCGGGACCACAACCACAUGCUGCAUGUGAUGGAGGAAGAAAUGUCAAGACUGAACGUUUUGGAGCGGGAACUCGCUUACCUGACUGAGCUUCAUCAGAGGGAAACGUCGAACUUGAAAGAGGAGAUAAGCAGCAUAAAGGAUAUCAUUGACUUUCAGUAUAACUGCAAAGCGGAGGAGUUUUCUGUGGCGCUGGACAAAUGUCAGAGCCAUCUCCUGAAGAUGGAGCUGCAGCAGCAGCAAGAGAUGGAUCUUCUGAGACACGAAGACAGCACAGCACAGAUUAUCAUCGCAAAGCUAAUCAAAGGGCUGCUUGUUGUCAUGUCGACCAUCUUGGUGUUUGUGUGCACACUGAACCGAGUCGUCUUGAUUUUCAAGUCAUCCAAGCACAUCCUCUCUGCUGUGCUCCUGGCUGUCUUCCUCUUCCUGUUAUUUAAGUACUGGAAUACUGUUAGCUGAUUGGAGUCCAAGAAGAUGCAAAAAAUAAAACUUUUUGAAAACCAUC